AUGACUGAUUUCCACCACGAACCUCAAAACGUCAGCACGACACUGAACACUGCUUCAGUCAAGAUGGAUCCUGGUCGGCAGGCAAUGAUUGCGGGGUGGAAGUCUCCAAGGCAGCGAGACAUCACAUCUCCCAGAAGAGAUCCCAACAAUCGAGUCUCGAAGCCGGCACGCGCCCCGCCAACGAAGCCACCUCAGAACACCAGUAACUACUUGAGCCAAGACGAGCAGUCGCGGCGUUUUGUUGCAGAUGAAGACAAGUUUGUGCUCAAGCAGUCAAAGAAGAAGGCCGAUAUCCGGGUUCGAGAAGGCCGAGCCAAAGCUAUUGACUACCUAGCCUUCAACCUUCGCUUCAUCGACACCGACCGAGACGUAUUCGACGAUGACGAUGCCGAUGUUGACAUUGAUGUGCCACCACCAGACAAAGUCCUUGAAAGUCUGAACGAGCAGGAACUGAAGGAGUUGGACACCGAUAUCAGCUCGUAUUACACACUAGAGACGAAUGAGAGGAAUCGCGAUUACUGGAAGUCACUGCUGGCGCUAUGCAAUGAUCGCCGCCAGAAGUUGAAGCCUCAGGGCCCGGAAGAGCGAGCUGUCAGCUCUGUUUCCUCCGACGUGGACAAAAUCCUGGCGCCAAAGUCAUACGAGCAAUUAGAGGCUUUGGAAAAGCAGAUCAAGACCAAACUGCAGUCGAACGAACCGAUCGACACGGACUACUGGGAGCAGCUUUUGAAGAGUUUGUUAGUUUGGAAAGCAAAGGCGAAGCUCAUGAUUGUCUACGAUGCGAUCAAGGAGAGCCGUAGAAGAAUGCUGCAGGCACAAGGGCCGGAGAAACCCAAGGCUUUUGAAAUGACGCCAUCCGGUGCCGGGACGGAGAGGUCGGCCGACACUUCGUUUACUGCUUCCAAGCCAGAUAAUGGCAUUCAACGUCCAAGUGCCCCACCUGGAACAGCUCGCUUUGCGGCGACUGGCAAUGAGGACUUUUCGCAAGCGACGAAGGCGCUUUACGAGAGGGAGGUAGCCCGUGGAAUCAGUGAAAACGAAGAGAUCUUCAACGCCGAGGAGGCAGUACCCAGUGCGACGAAGCCACAGUGGGCUGAUAAAUACCGACCGCGAAAGCCGCGAUAUUUCAACCGCGUUCAGAUGGGUUAUGAGUGGAACAAGUACAAUCAGACACAUUACGAUCACGACAACCCGCCACCCAAAGUGGUUCAGGGCUACAAGUUCAACAUAUUCUACCCGGAUCUCAUUGACAAGACCAAAGCGCCGACAUUCAAGAUUAUCCGUGAGCACGGACGACGAAGAGGGGAGUCAUUUGCCCCGGCUGGGGAAGAAGAUACCUGCUUAAUACGAUUCAUUGCCGGUCCGCCGUAUGAGGACAUUGCCUUCCGCGUCGUUGAUCGUGAAUGGGAUUACAGCGCCAAGAAGGAUCGAGGUUUCAAAAGCAGCUUCGAUAAGGGUAUUUUGCAGCUGCACUUCCAAUUCAAAAAGAUAUAUUACAGAAAGUGA